CGGUAUAGUUAGCGAUGCUUCUGCCAAGCAUCUAAAUUUAUUUAAAGGAUCUUUUUUCGUUAUUUUAUGUCUCUAUUCGAACCGCAAUCAGCAAAAUGAGCAAGACGAACAAAGGCCUUAAACGAGCAUUCAACAAUUGGACGGAUGCCCAACUCGUGUUUGAAGACAUUGCCAGACAUUAUGGAAUUUGCAGCGACUGGAAGGUCAAGAACAUCUUAAUCGUCAUCGUUUUAGUCUUGAUCUUUUUCGUGUUGCUCUUCGGCAACAGCGGCCGUGACGAGCAGGCUUACGCGCGUGAGUUGGGACUAAAGAUUCGCAUCCAUAAAUGGAUCCCCGGUGGCGAAACGGAGCGAGGCGAUUCCAAUCGCAGGAUCUUUUUCCACGAGACAAGUGGACGAAGCGAUUUGGGUUUGAGACAAACUUGCACGGUCGAAUCGGCUGCUAGACACAAUCCCGACCGGCCCAUCCAAGUCUUCAUGACGGCCGAUCGACUCGAUUAUUCCAGCCCGUGGCUGGAAAUUUUGCAAACCUAUUCGAAUGUGAACAUCGUCUUGGUCGAUCCGAAAGGAUACUUUGCCAACACACCGCUGGAACAUUGGUACAACGAUGGCGAAUGGAGGCAGAGCAUCUACAACAUCGUCCACCUGUCGGACUACAUCCGCGUGCUGACUCUACUGAAAGGCGGUGGCAUGUACAUGGACCUGGAUUUCGUCACCAUCAAACCGCUGGACGACAAGCAAUUGUGGAACUUUUUCCUGAUCGAAACGGCCGAAAUGAAGUUGCUCUCCAAUUCGGUGCUGCAUUUGGAACGCGGGCACCGACUCAUCGACGAAAUGAUUCAUCGUCUAGUCAAGUAUUACGAUGUGGACGAUUACAUGUGGCACGGCCCGUCGAUGAUCAGCAACAUCAUGAGCAAGAACUGCGGCGUUAAGCGCGGCCAGCCCGAAUCGAACAAUUGCACGGACGUCCGUCUCUUGCCGCACAACUACUUCGCCCCCAUCUCAAACACGGAAUGGGAAUUCCUGUUUAGCGACGCCACGGAAGGGAACAUGGCCGUCGUCAAGAACGGAAGUUACGGCGUUCAUUGUUGGGGUGGCAAGUCGGUGAACCAUCCACUCGACCUGCAAUCCAAUCAGAUCUACGCCGUUCUGGCGCGUGAACACUGUCCCAUCACGGUCGCUAGAGCUGCCCAUUUCCCGGCAUGACCUGCUGGAGCGAAAAACAAUUGAAUUUGUCUUUUAUUGAUUACAGUUGUAGCAAUGAUAAUACACGCCCAUACACGCAACAAGUUUUGACGAACAAUUUUUAAUGUUAAAAUAGGCAAUUGACCGAAUCAAGUGCGUGAACGUGGCGUUAUUGCGAUAACAAGUUUGAUCUUGACAAAUGCUCUGAUUGUCCGAAUGGCGACGCAUUACUAAUAAAUAAAAGAUAAAGUUUUAGACGAACUUGCGCCAAAGUUCUCGUAUUCAUUACGUUAACAAGAUAAAAGGAGUUUGCGUUCGUAUUUAGCGCUGACGGGGCUAACUCGUACGCUUUCAAACAUGCACGAGCUCAAUCAAUAGUUUUAAUUAGAUCAGAAGUUUCUUUUGGCUUACAGCUUUGAUGGCAUUACCAUUAAUGAAAAGAAACGUAGAUUAUUUUGAAAGAAUUGAUUGUUUCACGGUGACAUGACCGAGUGGGAUUGCGGUGAACGUUUCUCGCGUUAAAGAAAAGACAAAAAGAGAAAUUUGAAGUCAAAGAAAAUGCACCACAACAUCCUCAACAAUAGAAUUAUUAGGAAACCUUCGUAAAAAUGAAAACUCUUCCAAAUACUACAGAAGAGAACUCAUAAAAAGGCACCAAAAUGUUAUCGUUUUCACACCGAGCAAAAAUAAGGAUCGCUGGAGUUGACAUUGGACGAUCGGCGCUUCACUAAUUGGUCAAUUUCCCUUGUCUCCCAACUCGUAAAAAGCUGUUUUUGACGCCAUUAGGACGCUGCGUCCAUUAGUGUGACUGACGCACCCACAUUUCGUCCAUUAACGCUUACGAGGGUGCGAAUAUUCACGUCACUUUUGUGGUCACACACAUCGCCAACUUCAACGGAUAUGGCAGUCGACCGACAAACCGAAAAUUGUCGUGAAUUCAUCGUUUUAUCUUGUUGACACAGGCAAAAGGGGUAGUUAGAUACAUGCUAUAUCAACUCGGAAACGCUGCACGAUAGCAACGAGAGCUAAAAUUCGCAGUGGCGGGAUUGAGCAAACGGAAACCGCAACAAUCUAAACGAAGUUCCCAAAAGGCAACUUACUCCUUUGGAAUGCGACCAGUCCGUCUUCCAUUGAGCAUCUUGGAACAUAUUGUCCCUUGUUCCAGAAGAUCUUGCCGUUUUCUAUUUUCUUCAACUGAAUACUGAUGAUUGUGGAGCUUCAGACUUGGUUCAAGUAUAAAAUCGCACCUAUACGUAACUCAAAAUGAUGGAAAAAGAAAUUGGGGAACUUAAGCUCUCGGAAAGCAACGAAAGCCAUAUUUUUAAAGCUAUAAGCUUAAAAACGUCUACAUCGAAUGAAGAAGAAGUCACUAUUGAAUUUUCUCUCCUCAAUAAAGACGUUAAAGAAGAAAUACUGGAAAAUAUGAUUCAUGUUCACGAGCAUUAUUUUCAAUGGAAAUGUGUUAAAGGACAGAACGAAAUUUUCGAAGAAUUUUUCAAAAGAAAUAAGUCUGUCACCUUCGUCCGUUCGCACAGUAAGAAGUCAAAUUCUUUUAAAUGGACAAACGAAACUCCUAUCGAUUUAUCCAGACUGUUAAGUGUUCAUCGCAUUCUAGUGAUUCGCGACAUCACCCAACAACUUUUGGACGAGAAAAAAAAGAAAGCUAACAAUAUGCUAACUGUGAGCGGCAAGACGACAGUCAAUUUCCAAUUAGAUGAUAUCACAUUUUCACUGAAGUUGAAUCCGUGGAAAUGCCAGCCGGGGAAUGCGCUUUUAAAAAUGCAGGGGACUACGGGAACCGGAACAUCUUACGCAGCAACGCACUUUAAAGUCGAAAACGAUUUCGAUUGUUUCAAGAACCUAGAUCCGAAAGAUAUUGAAUCGAUUGUGAGAAAUGCAAGAAAAACAGGAAAGAAAAUCACAGACAGUGAUAUUAAAAACAGCAAACAAGACAAAGAUAGAAAGAAAAUGGCCGAUGAAAUGAAUUUCUUCAUGUUACUUUACGAUUUCGAAGUGGCCCGUCGUUUGCAGAGACCUAUUACUAAGGAGAGUCGCAAUUUAGAUUCCUUGCCUAUCGGGAUCGGGAUUGCUAUGAUUCACCGCAUCAACCGUAAAAGAGAAAAUCAAACGUGGAAAUUUUUUUCAAGUCUUUUUCAGGAAGAUUGGCAAUCAAGAAAACGUUGUUUACAUAAAAUUGUUGAAGAAUUCGAAAAAUGCAAGGAACCAAGUGAAGUCGGGACUGAAGCCAAACAUAUUAACGAAAGGCUCCUGUACGAGCAGUUUGGUUCACAAGAAUGUUUGCUCUGACGGAGACACGACUGGCAAUUUUUCCCAAUGUUCCAGUCAUCUUUUUUUCUUAAACAAUUGAUAUACGAGACUAGCAACAAGUAUGAAAACCGGAUUCUUUUCAUUGACUUAUUUUUUCGAAAAUUAUGCUCUGAAAAUUGAUGAUUAAUCCAACUUUAUGAUAGAAAAUGUUCGCCUGUAGGACGCAAUCCAUCUGCUUUUAGACAUGACAAACUGAUCAUUAUUUACCUUACUGCAUUUGAAUACACUAUUACUCUAUUA